AUGAUGCUUGCGCUUAGGUUUCGCGCUGUUUCUCGUCGGUCAGGCUCUUCCUGGGGUAGCAAUACCUUGCGGAGCUACUCCAGCGCAGCUUCGGUUGAUGGGUCGUUGCCGUUAGCAGGGAUUCGAGUACUUGAUAUGACGCGUGUUCUGGCUGGGCCAUAUUGUACUCAAAUAUUGGGCGAUUUAGGAGCGGACGUUAUCAAAGUCGAACACCCUGUGCGCGGCGACGAUACGAGAGCUUGGGGCCCUCCAUACGCAAAGUAUGAAGACUCAACCAGAAAGGGUCCUGGCGAGAGCGCCUAUUACCUAGCAGUCAACCGAAACAAAAAAUCCCUCGGUCUCUCUUUCCAACACAAAUCAGGUGUCGAGAUCCUCCACAAGCUCGCUAAGGAAUGCGACGUGCUAGUCGAGAACUACCUUCCAGGAGGACUAAAGAAAUACGGCAUGGACUACGACACGCUGCGGGAGAUCAACCCGAAAUUGAUCUAUGCCAGUAUCACCGGCUAUGGCCAGACAGGCCCGUACAGCAACCGGGCUGGCUACGACGUCAUGGUGGAGGCCGAGAUGGGGCUGAUGCACAUCACUGGUGCUCGUGACGGCGCGCCUGUCAAAGUUGGGGUGGCCGUCACAGACUUGACUACCGGGCUGUACACAUCAAAUGCCAUUAUGGCGGCUUUGAUUGCUCGCGGACGGACGGGCAGAGGUCAACAUAUCGAUGCUUGUCUGAGUGAUUGUCAGGUUGCGACGCUAUCUAAUCUGGCUAGCUCGGCGCUUAUUAGUGGGCAGAAGGAUUCGGGGCGAUGGGGAACCGCACACCCGUCCAUUGUGCCUUAUCGCAGUUACAAGACCGAAGACGGCGAUAUCCUCUUCGGUGGUGGCAAUGAUAGGCUCUUCGGUGUGCUGUGUGAUCGAUUGGGCUUUUCUGAGUGGAAGACUGAUGCUCGCUUUGUCACAAACAGUGAUAGAGUGCAGCACCGGGCAGAAAUUGACGGUAUGAUCGAGAGUACUACCGUUCAGAAGACUACCCAGGAAUGGUUGGAUAUUUUUGAAGGAAGUGGUAUGCCCUAUGCGGCUGUCAAUGAUAUCCAAGGAACACUAAACCACAAACAUGUUCUGGCACGAGACAUGGUGACCGAAGUUGAGCAUCCUGCAUGUGGACCCAUCAAGCUCGUUAACACCCCUAUCAAAUACUCCGAAGCGAAACCAGGCGUGCGCACCCCUCCUCCUACUCUGGGCCAACACACAGAUGAGAUCCUAGGCAGUGUCCUGGAUUAUAGCGAGGCAGACAUCGCCCGCUUAAAAGACGAGGGAGUCUUGUCUUAG